GACCGCGGCGCGGGGUCCCGGCGGGACUAUGGGAAACGGGAUGUGCUCCCGAAAGCAGAAGCGGAUCUUCCAGACGCUGCUGCUGCUGACCGUGGUGUUCGGCUUCCUCUACGGCGCGAUGCUCUACUACGAGCUGCAGACGCAGCUGCGGAAAGCCGAGGCGGUGGCGCUCAAGUACCAGCAGCACCAGGAGUCCCUCUCCGCCCAGUUACAAGUUGUGUAUGAACACAGAUCAAGAUUAGAAAAAUCCUUGCAAAAGGAAAGACUUGAACAUAAGAAAGCAAAAGAAGAUUUUCUUGUUUAUAAAUUAGAAGCACAAGAAACACUAAAUAAAGGAAGGCAAGAUUCCAAUAGCAGAUACAGUGCACUAAAUGUCCAACAUCAGAUGUUGAAAAGUCAACAUGAGGAGUUAAAGAAACAGCACAGUGACUUGGAAGAGGAACAUCGCAAGCAAGGGGAAGACUUCAGCAGAACAUUUAAUGACCAUAAGCAGAAAUACUUGCAGCUUCAACAAGAAAAAGAGCAAGAACUUUCUAAGCUAAAAGAAACUGUGUAUAAUUUGAGAGAAGAGAAUAGACAACUAAGGAAAGCACACCAAGACAUACAUACACAGCUUCAAGAUGUCAAGCAACAGCAUAAGAAUUUACUCUCCGAGCAUGAACAACUUGUAGUGACUUUGGAAGACCACAAGAGUGCACUAGCUGCUGCACAGACUCAAGUUGCAGAAUAUAAACAACUGAAAGAUACUCUGAAUAGGAUUCCAAGCUUUCGAAAACCUGAACCAGCAGAGCAGCAAAAUAUUACCCAGCUGGCACAUUCUCCACAAGGUUACAACACAGCAAGGGAGAAGCCAACAGGAGAGCCAACAGAGGUGUCUCGAAAUAGUGAUGUGUGGCAGAAGCAUGAAGCUGUUCCUAGAAGAACGGGAGAAACAAAACCUUACCCUCCCACCCAGAAGAAGGCUCCCACAGAGCCAAACCAGCAAGAAAUGGAGCCCAGAGAGCCUGAAGUGCAUCAGGUGGAAGAGGAGCACAGAAAGGCCCUGGAAGAGGAGGAGAUGGAGCAGGUUGGGCAAGCCCAACACCUCGAGGAGGAGCACGAUCCAUCACCAGAGGAGCAGGAUCAGGAGUGGAAAGAACAGCAGGAACAAAAAGAGGAAGCCAACCUUCUGGAAGGGCAUGCUGCUGCCGAGGUGUAUCCUUCAGCCAAGCCAGUUACCAAAUUCCGAUCACCUUAUGAGGAGCAGUUGGAACAGCAGAGACUGGCGUUGAGUCGGGCCGAGGAGGCGCAGCGGCUGCGAGAACACCAGGAAGCUUUGCACCAGCAGAGGCUGCAGGGACACCUGUUACGGCAGCGGCAGCAACAGCAACAGCAGCAGCAGCAGCAGCAGCAGCUGCUUCUGGCGAGAGAGGUGGCCCAGCAGAGGCAGGCUGAGCCCGAGGAAGGCCGGCAGCAGCACCAGGAGCAGCUACGGCAGCAAACUCAUUAUGAUGCUAUGGAUAAUGAUAUUGUCCAGGGAGCAGAGGACCAGGGAAUCCAAGAAGAGGAAGGAGGUGCCUAUGAAAGAGAAAACCAGCACCAAGAUGAAGCAGAAGGUAACAGACAAGAGCCUCGCGAACAAGGCCCCCAAGAGGCUGAGCCCGAAUCUGAGGCAGAUAGGGCAGCUGUAGAGGAUAUAAACCCAGCAGAUGACCCUAAUAAUCAAGGCGAAGAUGAAUUUGAGGAAGCCGAGCAAGUAAGAGAAGAAAAUUUGCCAGAUGAAAAUGAAGAGCAGAAACAAAUUAAUCAAAAGCAAGAGAAUGCAGAAAUGGAGGAACAUUUGGUGAUGGCGGGAAAUCCAGACCAACAAGAGGAUAACGUUGACGAGCAGUACCAGGAGGAGGGAGAAGAGGAGGUCUUCCUGUGAGAGGGGAGAAAAGUGGUUCCCAAAUGCCAUUUAAGCACU